GCAGCUUUUAGAAACAGACACACUGCGAAGAGGGCUUUCAUUCUCAGCCCAAAGCUUCUAACAGGCACAUCCCAUUCUUGAAGAGAGGGGGACCGCUAGAGACACUCGCCGUAUCCAUGUUUUUCCAUGUCAUCCCCGCACGUAUGUGACUAUACCCCAGACUAACCAGAAACGCUUCCCGAUAUCGAGGAAUUUUACACUGCAGUUUCAAGUGUGGACAUUUGAGGAGACGCAAACGCCAGCAUCUGCGUUCCUCUAAAUAUGUGGCAAACAAACAUCCACUGACCGAGCAGUUACGCAAAUAUUGCCGCGUAAAAGAUUUUUGAGUAUCGGACAUGAUCUGCAAUCCAGCUUUGCAUUGUCACUAAACGGACUGAACGACCAGAGAUAAACUUCGUCGCGUGGUGAAGAACUUCUGCGAGCCACUGGCCUCGGACGCGCUCGACUAUUAACGGACAGCAAUUUUAUAACUCGCAUUUAAACCUGCAUAAUCAAGGCGAAACGGCGACCUCAGUCGAUUAUCUUUCCUUCCUUUGCUAUCCCAUGGAUAUUCACUGCAAGGCAGACCCCUUCACGGCGAUGCACCGGCAUGGGGGUGUAAACCAGCUAGGCGGGGUGUUUGUGAAUGGCAGACCCCUACCUGACGUGGUUAGGCAAAGAAUCGUGGAGCUGGCGCAUCAAGGGGUCAGACCCUGUGACAUCUCAAGACAACUACGGGUCAGCCAUGGCUGUGUCAGCAAAAUUCUCGGCAGAUACUACGAAACUGGCAGUAUUAAACCUGGAGUUAUUGGGGGGUCCAAACCAAAAGUGGCGACUCCAAAAGUUGUGGAUAAAAUCGCUGAAUAUAAGAGGCAGAAUCCCACCAUGUUUGCCUGGGAAAUCAGAGAUCGACUUCUCGCCGAAGGCGUAUGUGACAACGAUACAGUUCCAAGCGUAUCAUCUAUCAACAGGAUAAUACGGACCAAAGUUCAACAGCCUUUUCAUCCCUCUCCAGAUGGGACGGGAACUACACUCACCACAGCAGGACACACUAUAGUGCCCAGCACAGCCUCCCCACCUGUAUCAAGUGCUUCCAAUGACCCAGUGGGCUCCUACUCUAUCAAUGGUAUCCUCGGCAUCCCUCGCUCCAAUGGUGAAAAGAGAAAGCGUGAUGAUGUUCUCUGGAGUGGCAACCACUUGGAUGGGAGGAAAAUAGGAUAUUAUGGCUCAGAUGGCUCUGGCCCAAACAGUGAUUCUCAGGGUAGUGUGGAGAGUUUACGGAAGCACCUGAGGGCUGAUGCCUUCACUCAGCAGCAGCUGGAGGCUCUGGACCGGGUGUUUGAGCGGCCAUCAUACCCCGACGUCUUCCCAACGUCAGAGCACAUCAAGCCAGAGCAGGGUAAUGAAUACUCACUACCAGCACUGAACCCAGGACUGGACGAGGUCAAGCCCAGUCUGUCGACCAGCGCCAGCUCAGAACUGGGCUCCAGCGUGUCACAGAGCUACCCAGUAGUGACAGGUCGAGACAUGGCCAGCACAACUCUUCCAGGGUAUCCCCCACACGUCCCCCCCACUGGGCAAGGCAGCUACCCCACCUCAACACUUGCUGGAAUGGUCCCUGGAAGUGAUUUUUCAGGAAACCCCUACUCCCAUCCACAAUAUACAACCUACAAUGAAGCUUGGAGAUUCAGCAACCCAGCAUUAUUAAGUUCCCCUUAUUAUUAUAGUGCCGCAUCCCGGGGCUCUGCCCCUCCCACUGCUGCCACUGCCUAUGACCGCCACUAGUUACCAUGGCAACCCAAUCAAACUGCAGCACCAUGGUUGUGGCCUCCAUAUUGUACCAGUCUGAAUGGCAUUAAGGUUCACGGGAUUGAACGUGGCUCCACAAUCUUCAGUUUCACGGGCUCAGGCUGAGAUUAGGAGUGUCAAGCAACGGUGGGUUUUGCCUCAUGCAUAUCUUCGACACCCAUCCCCCCGUCGCAUAGUCAUCAACCCAAGAGCUCUCAUUCUUCAACUCGCCGAAUACUGACUGAACAAUUUUCUGGGAAGAUU